GCAGCAAACAGACCUGGACUCCAUAUUUAUGCUGUUGGAGGAAAACAUUGUCACUUUUGUAAAGAACAAGCUGAAGAAGUUUCAGAAGGUUCUGAGUCCAGAUUACCCAGAAUGCUUAGAGAGUCAGAGGAAAGAUGAAGAUGUGUUGGACGGUGAGGAUGAAGAGCAGAGGAGGAGCAGCAGCGAGGCAUUUCUGAAGAUCACACUGCACUUCCUGAGGAGAAUGAAGCAGGAGGAGCUGGCUGAUCGUCUGAAGAGCAGUUGUUCAGAAACUCGUGUUGCAGUAUGCCGCCCUAAAUUCAAGUCCAACCUGGAGAAGAAGUUGCAGAGUGUCUUUGAGGGGAUUGCAAAAGCAGGAAACCCAACCCUUCUGAAUAAGAUCUACACGGUAAUCUAUAUCACAGAUGAAGGGACUGCAGCGGUCAAUGAAGAACAUGAGGUCAGACAGAUUGAAACAGCAUCCAGGAAACCAGACAGACCAGAAACAACAAUCAAACAAGAAGACAUUUUUAAAGCCCCACCUGGAAGAGAUGAAGCAAUCAGAACAGUGAUGACAAAAGGAGUGGCUGGCAUUGGGAAGACAGUCUUAACACAGAAGUUCACUCUGGACUGGGCUCAAGGCAAAUCCAACCAGGACAUCCAGUUCACAUUUCCAUUCACUUUCAGAGAGCUGAAUGUGCUGAAAGAGAAAAAGUACAGCUUAGUGGAACUUGUUCAUCACUUCUUCAGUGAAACCAAAGAAGCAGGAAUCUGCAGGUUUGAAGAGUACCAUGUUGUGUUCAUCUUUGACGGUCUGGAUGAGUGUCGACUUCCUCUGGACUUCCACAACUCUGAGAUCCUGACUGAUGUUACAGAGGCCACCUCAGUGGAUGUGCUGCUGACAAACCUCAUCAGAGGGAAUCUGCUUCCCUCUGCUCGCCUCUGGAUAACCACACGACCUGCAGCAGCCAAUCAGAUCCCUGCUGAGUGUGUUGACAUGGUGACAGAGAUCAGAGGGUUCACUGACCCACAGAAGGAGGAGUACUUCAGGAAGCAAUUCAAAGACAAGGAGCAGGCAAGCAGAAUUAUCUCCCACAUCAAGACAUCACAAAGCCUCCACAUCAUGUGCCACAUCCCAGUCUUCUGCUGGAUCACUGCUACAGUUCUGGAUAAGGUAUUGAAAAUCAGAGCUGGAGGAGAGCUGCCCAAGACCCUGACUGAAAUGUACAUCCACUUCCUGGUGGUGCAGUCCAAACUGAAGAACAUCAAAUAUGGUGGAGUAGCUGGGACCGAUUCAAACUGGAAUAAAAAGACGAAAAAGAUGAUUGAGUCUCUGGGAAAACUUGCUUUUGAGCAGCUGCAGAAAGGCAACCUGAUCUUCUAUGAAUCAGACCUGACAGAGUGUGGCAUCAAUAUCAGAGAAGCCUUAGUGUACUCAGGAGUGUUCACACAGAUCUUUAAAGAGGAGAGUGGAUUGUACCAGGACAAGGUGUUCUGCUUUAUCCAUCUGAGUGUUCAGGAGUUCCUGGCUGCACUUCAUGUCCAUCUGACAUUCAUCAACUCUGGAGUCAAUCUGCUGUCAGAAAAACAAUCCCGGCUGCCUAAUGUCUUCAGAAGUGCUAUGGACAAAGCCUUACAGAGUCCAAAUGGACACCUAGACCUGUUCAUCUGCUUCCUCCUGGGUCUUUCACUGCAGACCAAUCAGAAACACCUACAAGGUCUGAUGAAACACACAGGAAGUAGCUCACAGACCUAUCAGGAAACAGUUGAGUACGUUAAUACAAAGAUCAGUGAGAGUCUGUCUGCAGAGAGAAGCAUCAAUCUGUUCCACUGUCUGAAUGAACUGAAUGAUCGUUCUCUGGUGGAGGAUAUCCAACAGUCCCUGACAUCAGGAAGUCUCUCCACAGAUGAACUGUCUCCUGCUCAGUGGUCAGCUCUGGUCUUCAUCUUACUGUCAUCAGAAAAAGAUCUGGACGUGUUUGACCUGAAGAAAUACUCUGCUUCAGAGAAUGCUCUUCUGAGGCUGCUGCCAGUGGUCAAAGCCUCCAACAAAGCUCUAUUAAGUAGCUGUAACCUGUCAGAGAGAAGCUGUGAAGCUCUGUCCUCAGUUCUUAGCUCCCAGACCUCUAGUCUGAGAGAGCUGGACCUGAGUGACAACGACCUGCAGGAUUCAGGAGUGGAGCAUCUGUCCUCUGGGUUGGAGAGUCCAUACUGCAGACUGGAAACUCUCAGACUGAGUGGCUGUGACCUUUCAGAGAGAAGCUGUGAAGCUAUGUUCUCAGUUCUCAGCUCCAAGUCCUCUAGUCUGAGAGAGCUGGACCUGAGUAACAACGACCUACAGGAUUCAGGAGUGAAGCUGUUGUCUCCUGGACUGAAGAGUCCACACUGCAGACUGCAAACUCUCAGUCUCUCAGGCUGUAUGAUCUCGGAGGAAGGCUGUACAUCUCUGGCCUCAGCUCUGAGCUCCAACCCCUCCCAUCUGAGAGUGCUGGACUUGAGUUACAAUCAUCCCGGAGACUCAGGAGUGAAGCUGCUUUCUACUUUACUGGAGGAUCCAAACUGGAGACUGGACACUUUCAGGGUGGACCAUGGUGGACCGCAGAGAUUGAGACCUGGUGUGAGGAAGUAUGUCUGUGAUCUGAAACUGGACACAAACACAGUACACAGAGAUCUAAAACUGUCUGACAACAACAGGAAGGUGACACGUGUGGAGGAGGAGGAUCAGUCAUAUCCUCGUCAUCCAGACAGAUUUGACCACUGGACUCAGCUGCUGUGUAGAAAUGUUCUGACUGGUCGCUGUUACUGGGAGGUCGAGAGAAGAGGAGAGGUUCUUAUAUCAGUGAGUUACAGAGGAAUCCGUAGGAGAGGAAACAGUAAAGACUGUGUGUUUGGAGGGAAUGAUCAUUCCUGGAGUCUGAUCUGCUCUGAUGAACGUGGUUACUCUGUCAGGCACAAUAAGAGAAGAACACGCAUCUCCUCCUCCUCUGUCUCUAACAGAGUAGCAGUGUAUGUGGACGUUCCUGCUGGCUCUCUGUCCUUCUACAGAGUCUCCUCUGACUCACUGAUCCACCUCCACACCUUCAACACCACAUUCACUCAGCCUCUUUAUCCUGGGUUUGGGGUCUGGUCUGUUGGUUCCUCAGUGUCUCUGAGUCCUCUGCAGGACUGAGAGUCUCUCCUGUGGACAGAAACAAUGACUGAAGGACAGACGGUGACACGGGAAUCAAUUGUUGCUCCCAUCCCAUCCCGAGCCCAUGAAAAUACUCACGUCGUAUCCCGAUCACAUGACUGUAAUAUUGCAAUAUAUUGAAAUGUUUCUAUAAACAGUCAUCAUAUAGUCUAAUG